GUCCAACCCCUUUCACUUCUCCUUCAUUUUCAAUCCUUCUUUCCUUACCUUCUCUUUAAUCUCUCUCCCACAGCCGUUCAUCUCAAAAUUCUACCAAAAAUAAAUCUUGGGUUUCGUUUAGAGUCCUGUGUGAUCUUAAUUUUGCCUUUUUGAUCACAUAAACCUCCAAAACUCUACCAUUUCAAACCAAACAAAGUUUCCUCUGUUUCUUGUUCAUUUCCUCUGUUUUUUUCUUUCCUCCUCCACAUUUCAAAUUGUGAAAAUGUCCUGUUCGAGUUAUUGUCAGGGCCUCCAGUCAUGCUUGGAGCCAGCCCGCCUGCAGGUGGAACCGUGUGUUUUGAGGCUAAAAUUGGCUCCACCAAAAAACAACAUUUCCCGUUGUUCAACUCCAGAAGGCAAGUCUUUUGUCCCUAACUCCGAUGGUGAAUCCAAAAGAUCCAACGAUAAUGUUGACAUGGGUGGCUGGAGUUUCCUCCAAUCUUUAGCCAGCAACACCGCUCAAAGCACUAAAGAAGCCACCGAGAAGGACAAAAUCUAUACCCCACCCAACUUUAAACGCUCUUCUUCGAUGCUCAACGAAAAGAGCCUGGAAAUGUGCACUGAAAGCUUGGGGAGUGAGACAGGAAACGAUGGAGGAGAAAGCAGCGAUGAGAUGGCUUUAAUUUCCAUAUCAAACCUGAACCAUGAGAGCCCGCGGGACAAAUCAAAAUCUCGAGAAACAAGAAGAAUGACAAGCAGUCGAAGCGCUAGCUUUCCACCUCCUUUAACAUCGAUUAGCGGAUCCACUACUAUUCAAGUUAAGGCCCACAGAGAAGAUGGGCGUCUAGUUCUGAAAGCAGUAAGCUUGUCUUCUUGCCAAUCUUAUUUUCUCUCAGAGCGCAUCGAUGGCCGGCUGAAGCUUCACAUAGUGAAGGACUGCUCCCCUAACCCUGACCAUGAACAAGAACAAGACAAAGUAGCAGCAGAACCAGUGAAAGAACCAUCAGCUGAUGAUGAGGAAAUUGAAGAUGAAGAAGACAACUGGGAACAGGAGAAAUCGAAGGACAAUAUUGGGAAUGGUGGGGGUGAAAUGGGGAUAGAGAAGUUGCCUACGCCAAGCAGAUGCAAGGAAGGUGGGAAUGGCAGCAAAAGCUUGCUUAAUAAUUGGGGGACAUUUUGGGUUGCUACUUAAAUUUCUCUCCCUCUCUUCUAAUUUCACUGUUAUAGUAUUUAGUCAUCUUGGGAUCUCAUUUUCUCCAGUGAUUAUAGUUUUGGAUUUCAUAUAAAAAUAUGCUAAUGGUAGUUAUUAUCGUUA